AUAUCUGCAGAUCAGCUGUUAAUUGGAACGGGUUGGCAGUACUUCGACCGCAACGUGUAUCGCGUUUGUAUAAUGUGUGAAUAAUCCAAAAAUGCUAGAUCUAGGUUACUCAAAACAAUGAGCAUUUAUCACGACGAGGUCGAGAUUGAGGAUUUCGAAUACGACGAGGAGGAGGAAAUGUAUUAUUACCCUUGUCCCUGCGGCGAUCGAUUUCAAAUUUCCAAGGAAGAGCUCAUAGAAGGAGAGGAAGUAGCUACUUGUCCUAGCUGUUCACUGAUUAUUAAAAUUAUAUACGAUGCGGAUAUGUUCAAAGCGGAGGAGGAUGAAACAGUAGCGCUAAAUGAAAAGCUAAGCGAUUUAAAGCUGGAGAAAAACUAACUCAUUUUUAUUGUAUAAUCAAUUCGGUAAUUGAUAGUUUUUAUUUGUAUACUUCCGUUUAUUGUAAAUAAUAUGUUGACUAGUAAACAAUUAGUUUCAAUUAUACAUUACCGCAAAUUUUGUUUAC